AUGGCGGGCCCCAAUAUUGUGCGAGGCCGGAACGAUAUGCAGUUGGCCCAGAGUAUUGUCGGUGCGGAUUUUAAAGACCUCAAGUACGAGGUCAGUGUGCCAUCGGCGAACAACAGCCCCAAUCCCGAUGCGAUCAGUCUGGAAAGCCCACAGAAACAACCCUUUCGGAGACCGUCCGAGGAGGUCACCCAAGGCGCACAACUGGGUAUUCGAAAGGCUGAAGCAGCCGCAUUGGCCUGGAGUAAGAAGACUGCUUAUCUGACCUACGCUUUAGUCUGGCUCGGUUUCUUUAUGCUUGCCCUACAGUCCGCCGUCAGUACCAAUGUUAUCCACAACGCAUUCGCCCACUUCGAAGAAGCGCCCGCCGUGAGUACGUCCAGCAUCGUUGCGAGUGUCGUCAGCGGGGUAGUUAGACUUCCUGCUGCAAAGCUCCUGAAUAUCUGGGGGCGCCCAGAAGGCCUUUCGCUGUUCCUCGCCGUUUACCUCCUUGGGUUAAUCAUUCUGGCCGCUUGCAACAGCCCGAGCUCCUUUGCCGUCGGCUAUGUCUUGUACUGGGUUGGAUACGACGCCAUUUUCUUGAUCCUUGAUGUGUUCAUGGCUGAUACAUCUGGACUACGCAAUCGAGCCUUUGCAUUCGGCUUCGCCAGUACGCCUUUCAUCUGUACAGCCUUCACAGGCCCCAUCGCCGCUCAGUCUUUUGUCAAUCACUCAACAUGGCGCUGGGCUUAUGGAACCUUUGCCAUCGCGCAGGUGUUUGUUUUCCUUCCUCUGAUUGCCGUGUUCAAAUUCUACCAGCGCAAAGCCGAGAAGAUGUUCAUCUUUGUGCGGGAGCCGAGCGGUCGCACAUGGAAGCAGUCCGUCAUCUUUUGGCUGAAUGAAUUUGAUGUGGUCGGCACCCUCCUCCUCACCGCCGCCUUCCUGUUGGUCCUCCUCCCCUUCAGCUUGCAAUCCUACGGCCGAGCCGAGUAUAACAGUCCGACAUUCAUCGUCAUGGUCGUGGUCGGUGUCCUUCUCUUUUUCGUAUUCGCUGCCUGGGAACGAUACGGCACUGCAACGCCUUUCAUCCAGUACGCAUUGUUCAAGGACCGGAGCGUUCUCGGAGCCUGUGUCGUGGCGGCCAGCCUUUUCUUUAGUUACUAUGCGUGGGAGCUCUACUUCUAUAACUUCUGCAUGGUCGUCUACGGGCUCAGCGUUAGCAUGACGGGAUAUGUCGGACAGAUUUAUAAUGUUGGGUCAUGCUUUUGGUCGGCAGUGUUCGGAGUCGUGGUAUACGUCACGAAGCAGUUCAAAUAUAGUUGUUUAUGCUUCGGCCUCCCACUCGUCAUGCUGGGCGCCGGUCUGAUGAUUCAUUUCCGGUCAGCCGGUGGAAACAUUGGAUACAUCGUGAUGUGUCAGAUCUUCAUCGCGUUCGGUGGUGGAACACUUGUCAUCGGUCAAGACAUGGCCGUUAUGGCCGCUUCCGACCGUGAAGGCGUUCCAAUGAUGCUGUCGAUGAUUGGUCUGUUCUCCAGCUUAGGUGGUGCGAUCGGCAACGCGGCCUCGGCUGCCAUUUUCUCCAACACCUUCCCGUCUGCACUCCGGGAUGCUCUCCCUGCCGAGAGCAAGUCGCAAUACAUGGAUAUUUACCUCGGAGGUUACCUCAAACAACUCGAAUACCCUGUUGGGUCGGAGAUUCGAGACGCCGUCAACCAGGCCUACGGGGCUUACAUGAAAUAUGGGUGUAUUGCAGCCGUGGCGGUCAUGGCCGUCGGGCUUCCGGCCAUUGCCAUGUGGAGGAACUACAGGGUUGACAAGAAGCAGAACAAGGGGGCCAUGAUGUGA